CACAUCUGGAGUGAAGUUAUUUAAUGAGGAACACUCUGGAGUGAAGCUACGGCACGAUUUGCUGUGACAAGUCUCGACACACUACUUUUAAAGUGCCUUACAGUAUCCUGGCUGCUCACACUUGAACAGAAGACCAGAGAGUAUUUACCUAGGAACAGAUAGUGAGGCUGAAAUGACACACACACACUGUUACUAACUCCGUUCCUCUGGUCUUGCUGCAGUAUCAACCCAUUUAACCUUUGCAGAAGCUUUAUAGUAUGUUCUGCACAUGAGUAUGUACACUAUAGAAUGUGUAGCCUUUGUAACAGGCGCCUCUGCUCCUCAGACACACGUGACCGGUCUCUUGACAACGUCUUAGCCAACUACGGUACCGAAAAGCUAUCAGUUUGGGGAAGUGAGGUUACGUUAUAGCGUCUCUGAGGGAGAAGGAUGUAAUGUUUUCUUUUGAACACUGGUACAGUCCCUGGGUAGCACAGUCUUUUUGUUUUUCAAUUUUUAUUUGAUUUCUCUUUGAAAGUGCUUUUUUUUAAUGAAGAUGACCAUACAUUUCGGGAAAUGUAUACAGUAGUACAACUCUUGGUUUAUUUACUAUUGUUGCGUACAAUGUACAUUUUACCCAAAUAUACCUAGCUACUUCUAUUGGUCAUGAUGCAUUUUUUGUUUUUUAAGUGCUAAUGGGAGGUUUAACUUCAGAAGCUUUUCAACUAUGGUCAUAUGUUUUAGGUCCGGUCUCCAAAUGUGUUUGCACCUACUGCUACAGUCUGGUCGACGCAGUAUUUCAAGUUAAACAAGUGCCUUUAGAGUAUUGCGAUUGUGAGGGACACAGUUCUCUAAUAUUUGUCUCCUCUGCUGGUAUAUACAGUAUGUAUGUUUGAGUGUGCUUGUAUGUGUGUUCUUUUAUUGUGUUUGUGUGUAAAUGUAUACACUCCUGUCUCAUGUUCAAAUUGUUACAAUGUUACACAUUGAUUGUUUGGGCUGAUUCUCUGAUUGUUAUGGUACACCACCACCUGUUGGUGAAAAACAUGAAUUUCUCCACGGUGGGGUUAAACUAAUGACGUAUGUAAAGCCAAUAGCGGCAGCACCCACUACUGGCUCCCUAAUAAUAAACCAGACAGCAUCUUUUGCUACACAAUCACUGGCCGAAUUUUUGCGAGCGCAUCUACACAAACCCAGCUUGGUUGACCCCUCUUGCCACAAUCUACUCCGGUGUCUUCCUGAGUGAACAGCUAUGGGCAAGGAGAAGCUUCACAUCAACAUCGUGGUGAUCGGCCAUGUGGACUCAGGCAAGUCGACCACCACAGGCCACCUCAUCUACAAGUGUGGGGGCAUCGACAAGAGGACCAUUGAGAAGUUUGAGAAGGAGGCCGCUGAGAUGGGGAAGGGCUCGUUCAAGUAUGCCUGGGUGCUGGACAAGCUGAAAGCAGAGAGGGAGCGAGGCAUCACCAUCGACAUCUCCCUGUGGAAGUUUGAGACCAGCAGGUACUACGUCACCAUCAUCGACGCCCCGGGACACAGGGACUUCAUCAAGAACAUGAUUACAGGCACCUCUCAGGCGGACUGUGCUGUGCUCAUCGUGGCGGCGGGCGUGGGCGAGUUCGAGGCGGGCAUCUCCAAGAAUGGGCAAACCCGCGAGCACGCCCUUCUGGCCUACACCCUAGGGGUCAAGCAGCUGAUUGUAGGGGUCAACAAGAUGGACUCCACCGAGCCCAACUACAGCCAGAAACGCUAUGAGGAGAUUGUGAAGGAAGUCAGCAACUAUAUUAAGAAGAUUGGUUACAACCCGGAUACGGUGGCCUUCGUUCCCAUCUCUGGCUGGAAUGGGGACAAUAUGCUGGAGGCUAGCCCUAACAUGACAUGGUUCAAAGGGUGGAAGAUCACCCGUAAGGAUGGCAACGCCUCUGGAACCACCCUGCUGGAGGCCCUGGACGCCAUCCAGCCGCCCUCCCGCCCCACAGACAAACCCCUCCGCCUGCCCCUACAGGACGUCUACAAGAUAGGAGGUAUUGGUACGGUCCCAGUGGGGCGGGUGGAGACGGGCGUGAUCAAGCCAGGCAUGGUGGUGACUUUUGCCCCCGUCAAUGUGACCACGGAGGUCAAGUCAGUGGAGAUGCACCACGAGGCGCUGACCGAGGCCAUGCCCGGAGACAACGUGGGCUUUAACGUCAAGAACGUGUCGGUAAAAGACAUACGGCGAGGGAACGUGGCUGGAGACAGUAAGAACGACCCGCCGAUGGAGGCGGCCAACUUCACUGCACAGGUCAUCAUCCUGAACCACCCAGGUCAGAUCAGUGCCGGCUACGCCCCCGUGCUGGACUGCCACACGGCCCACAUCGCCUGUAAGUUCGCUGAGCUGAAGGAGAAGAUUGACCGGCGCUCGGGCAAGAAGCUGGAGGACAACCCCAAGGCCCUGAAGUCUGGCGACGCUGCCAUCGUCGACAUGGUCCCCGGGAAGCCCAUGUGUGUGGAGAGCUUCUCUGAGUACCCACCACUUGGGCGCUUUGCGGUGCGUGACAUGCGCCAGACGGUGGCAGUGGGCGUGAUCAAGGCGGUGGAGAAGAAGGCUCCGUCCACGGGCAAGGUCACCAAGUCGGCCCAGAAGGCCCAGAAGGUCAAAUGAACGUUGUGUUGGGCUCGCGACGUUAGCAUCCGCCACCGUAAAAACAUCACCCCCCUGCUAAACACCAUAGUCAAAGUCUGGUCCAUGCUCACGAUGCAUCGCAAGAGCAGACGGAGGAAAGAAAAUGACAUGGAUUAUUCAUGAAGGAAGUGUUCUGUUUUAUAUAUAUGCUUUGGUCUGCUUGUUUGACUGUUUGUGGUUAGGAUACACUAUCUGAGUGGAAGACAAUUUAAAUAAGUCCUCUAGAUGUGUGCUAUUGUACUCAGUUAAACGUCAAAAAUUGUAUUGAUAGUGUUGGUUUGCAUUAAACAAGCUGCUAGUUAAUGUUAGUAGAAUGCGCAAACAUUUUUAAGUUAAAUGUUGAAAUGGUGUUGUGUUUUCCUAUGGCUGCUUGCAUGUUCCCAAUGCACUUUAAAAAAUAUAUCAGAUACUAACAUAUUAUAGCGCCUUGCUUGGCUUAAAAGCUCCCUUGCACUGUUCAAACUUUGCCGAUACUGUUCCCUCUACACCUUAUUGUAUGCAACCUGUGAGCUUGAUCUAUAUCAAAGACAUUAAAAAGUGUUCAAACUUACAA